GGUAUUGUGUCAAGCGGCGAAAGAGAAAAAUGAUGUAGAUAUACAUACCGCACAUGUAUUAAGCCAAGUAUUGCCAUUAUUUGUUCGCUUUUCUUAGGGACAGCCAAAGUGCACGUGGUCGCAACGUAAGAUCUGUGAUUUUGUUGUUUCAAUAAUCAAACCCAAGGUGGAGCUACCUUAAUUAUUGAUAAUAUACGACCAUUUUUAAAACACUGUAUCAUUUCCGAGCUUGAGGGAGUCAAAUACGAAUGGUUGACAUACCGGGUAGCUCUGCCUUCGGACGGGCAAAUCAUGAUUCCAGAUCUGGCUCUUUUUGUUGAGUUAAACUCAAGCACCAAUUAUGAGUUAUUUUUUGUUGAAGUCAAAAGAAGAGGCAAAUAUCAAAACAGCAAUCUGGAGAACGACUUGGUAAAGUUAGGAAAGGAAAUGCCUACAGCAUUGAAUAAAUUGGUGAAGAAAAGAGUAAGAAAUCCUGAAGUUGCUGGAUUAUUAAUUGAAGAUACAAAGGUGAUAGCCUAUCAAAUGACAUUGAAAUACGAGGGGCUAUAUCAAAUGAUUGAAAUCAGUCGGUUCAAUUUCACCAGAGACAAUACUGACGAUGUUUUACUGAUACCUGCCAUUAUUGAAAAACUCAGUCAGAUAAAAGAAAUAGUGUAUGAAUUAAUGGAUACCUAGCUUCUACAACCAAAUAUACAAAUAUCGAUAAGACAUUUUAUAUUUGGGAUCUUAAUUUAUUUAUUACAAAGAUAAUGAAUAAAUAAUCAACUAUUAUCUUAUAUUGCCAAUUACACUUGACAAACAAGUAUGCAUCUUUUACAGUAACCGUUGGAUGAUCUGAUAAAUAAGUGUCUCGUAAUACUAAAGAUUUAUUAGAAUACUCAUGCUCCCGAUCUACUGAUAUGGGACAACGUUAUCUGGAAAC